AUGCUAAUCGACACCGACGUCCUUGUUAUUGGCGCUGGCCUGUCUGGAGUGGGUUUUGCUAUUCGACUCCAGCAAAAGUAUCCGCGGGCGACUUUUGAGAUUUACGAAAAGGCCGAGGCACUGGGAGGGACGUGGUGGGCGAAUACAUAUCCUGGAUGCGCUUGCGAUGUUCCAUCGCAUCUUUAUUCUUACUCUUUCGCACUGAAUCCAGAAUGGAGCGAGCAGUUUGCGCCUCAGGCUGAGAUUGAUGCCUACUGCCGCGCUGUAGCAGAGAAGUACGAUAUAUCUCGGCAUAUUAUAUUUCGCUCGACUGUUCAAAGGGCGACAUUUGACCAGGAAUCGGGGACCUGGGUUGUGAGGAUCCUUGACCAGCACUCUGGCCAGGUGUAUGAAAGACGUGCGAGAGUCCUGAUUUCAGCGGUUGGCAUACCUUCGGAGCCCAAUGACUGCCAUAUUCCCGGUGCGGGUGAUUACCAGGGAAAGCUAUUCCACAGCGCCCGCUGGGACCAAUCUUUUGACUGGGCUGGGAAGUAUGUGGUGGUAGUUGGCAAUGGUUGCAGCGCGACACAAUUCGUGCCAAUCUUGAGCGACGGUGAAAAGAGUGCCAAACAUGUCGUUCAAUUCAUCCGCCAACCUCACUGGCUAGAGGAACGACCAAACCCUAAAUAUCCUCCAGCUGUUAAAUGGAUUUUCCGCAAUGUGCCGUUCGCGAUGCGCCUUUUCCGAAGUAUUCUCUUCCUCUACCUCGAGAGUUACUUCCCUACUUUCAAGCGCGUCGCUGGAAAGAAGACUCGCGAGCAGAGAAUGAAGACCCAAACGGCGUACCUGAGGAAAACGGCGCCAGAGAAGUACCAUGACAUUUUGAUUCCGAAGACAGAGCUUGGUUGCAAGCGCCGAGUCAUGGACACGGAUUAUCUCGCCUGCUUGCACAGGGAAAACAUGGAGCUGGUCCACUCGGACCCAAUUGAAUCGAUAACGGCCACAGGUGUGCGAACAAACUCAGGCCGAGAGAUCCAUGCAGAUGCUGUUAUUCUUGCAACGGGCUUCAAAGCCAACCAGCCUCUUUUCCCGAUUGAAAUCCGAGGCGAGAAUGGAGUCAGCAUGACCGAGCACUGGGAAAACAGCUACUCUCACGCGCCGCAAGCGUAUUACGGUACAUGCGUCUCCGAAUUCCCUAACCUCUUCGUCCUCGUUGGCCCAAACACGGUAACCGGACAUACGUCCGCCAUCUUCACAACAGAGUGUCAAAUCGAUUUAACACUCAAGCUCCUUGGUCCCAUCCUCAGCCCCCUCCACCGGCCCCCUCCAUCGGUUUUGUCAAGAUUGCUCUGGAACCCAUUCUCUUCCUCGCACCCUGCCCCGACCACCGUUGCCGUAACGCCCGAGGCAGAAGAGAAGGAUAGCAAGUGGAUCGACGAAGCAAGUAAAGGAUUUGUCUGGACGAGCGGAUGCGCGAGCUGGUAUUUGCAUCCCUCGGGGCGGAAUAUGACGCUUUACCCUGCUAGUCAGAUAAGCUUUUGGCUGCGAGGAGUAUUUGAGCCCGUGGCGAGGAACUUCGUGUACAAAACGAGUACGAAGGCGGCGGUUGAAGAUGGGAAGACGAAAUAG